GAAAACAUUACGUCAGCCUAGCAAUGGUGCUUUAUCAGCACUCGUGGACUCCCGCCACUCCACUCCUCUUCACCCGAAACAUAUCCAACUGGCCGGCGAUUGCCUCCGCCCGUGGCGGCGCUCCUCUAAAAUUUGCCCUCCUCUCCGCUCCUAUCCGACGCUUUCCCUUUGCUUCAGCAUCUUUCAAUCCCAACGAAUCUGGGACAGUAGAGAGCUCUACCUUCGACCGCGUAGCGUACGAAGCCGAGCGGCUACGGUUAGACGCAGCUGCUCGUGACUCAAUGGCGGCGAUGGCGUCGGCUUCAGAGGGAAGUGAAGACGCUGGAUUGUGGAAAUGGAGGAUUCGUAAGAGGAUAUGGGAUCUAAUGGAGGCGGAGGACAUAGCGCGGAACCCUCGUCCUGUGCAUCAUCGCAUCCCGAACUUCGUUGGCGCGCCUAAAGCCGCAGAAUCGUUAGGGCGUCUUGAAGUAUUUCAGAAGGCAGAAUGUGUGAAAGUCAAUCCAGAUUCGCCUCAAAAGCAGGUCCGAUUCUUAACUCUCAUAGAUGGAAAGAAGUUGCUGACCCCUCAACCACGUCUAAGAACCGGAUUCUUUUCGGUGUUAGAAUCUCAGAUGAUUCCGGCUGGAUCCAUAAUGGAGGCAUGCUCUUCAUUUGGCUUUGCAAAAUAUGGGAAACCUAUUGGUUUGGAUGAGAAAAUUAAAGUAGAUCUGUUGGUUAUUGGAUCCGUCGCUGUUGAUCCGUGCACAGGAGCCCGACUUGGGAAGGGUGAGGGAUUUGCUGAACUUGAAUAUGGGAUGCUGAGACACAUGGGGGCUGUUGAUGAUUCUACUUUGGUGGUAACCUCAGUGCAUGAAAAGCAAUUGGUCGAUGACAUUCCUGUGGAAAAGCUUCUCAUCCAUGAUGUGCCAGUGGACAUAAUUUGCACCCCAACAAAAGUUAUUUACACAAACACCACAAUUCCGAAACCUCAAGGAAUCUAUUGGGACAAGCUUUCUCCAGAAAAACUUAGCCAGAUUCGAGUUCUAAGAGAGCUAAAAAAACGAAUAGAGAAAGAAACAGGGCAGGUUUUACCCUCCGGUCCUUCUGAAAAGCUUCCCCCUACAGCCCAAAGGAGAAAACCAAUGUGAGAGGAUAGAUCUGCAAAUACAUUUUGUUUCAUAGGAUGCUGCCAAAACUAUUUUGAUGCUUCGUUUCAUGGUUAUUAUUGCAUAAACUUUAUACUUCAAUAGGUAAUGGAUAAUACUAUUUGUCUGAUGCAUGAAAACUAUUUGGGGGCAUUUACAUACAUACCACACAAUUCU